UCCCUUGAGUUUUUGCUUUGCACAUGCAUCUUCCGUGGAUUGUCGUCGGCAAGUCUCGUGGCCGGAUAGAGGUGUCUCCACCCUAAUCGUCCACGGAGUCUCCACCAAUUACGAUAUGGCCCCUCCUCCUACUCUUCAUUCCAGGACUCUAGAGAUCAACCUCAUUUCGGCUGAAGACCUAGCCCCUGUCUCUAAAAGCAUGAAGACCUACGCGGUUGCUUGGGUCCAGCCGGACCACAAGCUCGCCACCGGGAUAGACCAAACGGGCAGAACCGAUCCAACCUGGAAUGAAAAGUUAAUGUUCCGAGUCGAUGGCAAGUUUCUUAACUCGGAGGAUGCCGCAAUUGUUGUGGAGAUUUACGCGGCUGCAUGGGUUAAAGAUGUCCUCAUUGGAUACGUUAACGUCCUCAUCAAGGAUAUUUUCCAAUUGCGGUCCGUAGCAGACGCCAAGAUCAACUACUCCGCCACGAGAACCGUCACGCUUCAAAUCCGCCGUCCCUCCGGCCGUCCCCAAGGGAUUCUCAACAUGGAUGUUAUUCUUCUUGAUAGUACCACGCCUAGCGUGCCUGAGCUAGGAGACCCUAAUCCAAAAACAACCAGAAAAAACGAGGAGAGUAUCGAGAAUAAUAAUGAGCUAGAAAGUCACAAGUCAAUUCCAAACGCUAAGAUGAGCCGCUCACAGAGCGACGUAACCGAUUCUACAAUGGAAGAUAACUUCGAGAAAAGGCCACAAAUGGGUUCGAUUGUUAAUGAUGGUUCAGGUUCCGAGGUUAAAGGCUGUGGUAGCAUGGUCAACGGUAGCUCUAUUUGUAGCUCGGACGUGGGGCCUUCAGCUUCGAUUGUAGCUGCAGCCAUCGCUAAAGGUUUGUACAAACCACCAAUUCAACAUCAGGCUCAAACAAAAGAGACGAGACUAAUAAGGGAAUGGACCAGGAAGAGAGAAGAAAGCCUAGACAAGAAGCUAGAGAAGUGGCGUUCGGAGAUGUCGCAACCGGCCUCCGCCAGCAACCAGAAAGCGAAAUCGAGCAAAGCAAGGAGCUCGAGGAGGAAUAAGGGUGACAAUUCAAAGCUGUUCUCAUGUUUUGGGAAUGCUUUUGGAUGUGAAAUUUCGAUUACCUGUGGUGGAAGUAAGAAGAAGCAUGGCAAUGGCAACAAUAAAAUUUGUCAUUUAAGCUCUGUGGAUGAUACUUAUAGCCAAUCCUUCGUUUGAAAGAUUUAAUUGAGGCGAAUACAUCACAGCAAAAUCUCCUGGCGAGUAAAAUAUCCGUAAGCCCAUGGUUCAUCCAAUUCAUUGUCUACUUCGUGGUCUCCAGGACAAGUGUCUGCAUCAACCAAUACCUUCG